GUUACAGCAAUGGCCUCUACAUGUAUUUCUCCUCCAAUAGGACCAUAUCCUUCAAAGGAGCUAAAAAAUUCUCCUAAGAGUGCUCUUCCUCAUUAUACAGCCUCAAGGCAGUCCCUUGUAUCAGUCAUGGCUGUAUUCUUGUAUCUUGCUAAACUAAUGAAGGAGAAGAUACUCAAUCUGCCACAAGGAGAGCCACUGCUACGGGACAUUAAGAAAAGUGUUGGUAACGACUAUCAAAAAAUGGAAGCAUUUGCUGUAAUUUUAUGUAAAAGUACAACCACUGAUGAAUUAAAAAGUGCUGUAAUGAAAGAAUACAGAGGGAAUGAUGAACUAAUUGAGGUACAUUAUAACAAUGGAGGGAAGAGCAGUACUGGGUAUGAUAGGAUCACCAUUGUCAUUGAUGAAGAUACUAAUGAAGCAAUACUGAGAGAUGCCAGGAGAUUGUCAUCAGCUGUAUUUGAGGAUUUAUUGAAGGAUGUCAAAUUGAAUGUCAUUAGAGAGGGCAGUUCUUUCACCAUCACUUGUUCCUUCCCAUUGAUUCUAUCUGAGCAGUUGAUUACAGCUCAUGAUGACAUUGACAAGAUAUUGGAGGGUAACCAAGUGAAGAGACUAACCAAUGGAUACUGCAUUAAUGAUACAAUGGAAUCAGAUGAACAACAGUUUCCCUUGUCUUCAGCUAGUAUUGGUCUACUCAAGCAACAGAUGGAGAGUGGAACACUAAUGGAAGAGGCUGAGUCAUUAAAGGAAGUACUGGAUACUAAGAUAAAGAUGAUGAACAGUAUAGCUGAGAGUGCUGAGUAUGAUGAAUUGAAGGAAACGAAGGACAUAUUAGAAGAGCAGCUUGCCUCAUUUCAAUUAAGUGAUCAAGUACCUCAAUAUGAAGUACAAGAUUACUUUACACGUUUGAAUGAAACACUACCACUCAUGGCAACGGCUGUUAAUAAACUAGUCUCUGAUACCAAAGGACUGGUGGAUGAAGCAACAAGUGGACUUGAGGAAAUACGUGAACACAGUGAGGUGAAGGAGGUAUCUCAAGUAAAGGAAUCAUAUCGAUCUUUGAGUAAGACGACAGAAGCAGUUCAUAGUUACCUUGAUAAAGUGAAUGGACUGUAUCGACUACUUAAUGAACAGACUCCUGACGUAAUAGAAGAUAUUGAGAGUGGGAGAUUGAAGAGUACCGAACAGUUAGCUGUUGAGAUUGAAAGAAUAUUACAAGACAGCACUCGUCACUAUGAAAUACUUGAUGCCUGUUGUAAGGAAUUUACUACAAACUGUAAUUCUGCUCAACAAGAGUUGACGAGACUCAAAGAAGAACAGGAAUCCAGAAAAAAAGCAGCAGCAAUAGCUGCUGGUGCAACAGCAGCUGCUGGUCUACCAGCAUCAAUACUAAUUGGAGCAUUCACUUUUGGAAUCGGAGCUGCUGUUGGAGCUGCUGUUACAGCAAGUGCAGCAGCAGCAGCUGCUACAGGAUUAGCUGUUGCCACAGUCCUUGUAGCUUCAAUUGGUAAGACAGUUGAAUCAUAUUGUAAAAUAGAUGGAAGCCUCGGUAACCUUCAGUUUAAACUGAUACAGGAUAUGGUAAAGGAGGUUCAUCCAACAAUUAACGAGAAAGUGAAGAGAAUGACAGACACUGAAUGUACAGAUCUUGCUAUGAAGAUGAGGUCUACACUGGAACAAAGUAAAAGGUUAUACAGUGAGACUUCUAGUGGAGUCAAAGUAGCUGAAGAGAUUAAGAGAGCAUUUGCUGACAAAGUUAGCAAUGUAUUUUGACAUAAUGACAUUAAUGAUUGCUACCAUUAAUAAACUGCAUAUUAGAGUGUUGACAUGUUAAAUGAGGUUUUUUUCUAACUUUAA